UCUUAUCGCUAUUUACACAUUAACACAUCGCAAAGUGUUUUUAAAUGGUGAACUAAUUUACUUGAACGUUUUAAUUUACCGAAAAGAAUGGACUUGGGCUCAGAGAAAAAUCUACUUCAGGUGCAAAAUAAUCCCAAUGAAUCAAGAUUGUGCCGAAAGCGUCGUCACUCGGAUUGUGGUGAACAGCAUAGUACCAGCUGUGAGGCUGCAUAUGAAAAUGGGGCUGUGGGGGACUACACUCCUGCCGCAAAGUGUCGUGGCGUUGAUUCCACACACCAAGUCUGCCUCACAGACUUUCCUGAUGAACUCCUUUAUGAAAUUUUUAAGAGCCUCGACUCGUGGACAUAUUACGCCCUUAUGAACUGUUGUAAUCGCUUUUGUACAUUAUUAAUGGAUCGCAGAUUUUGGCAACACAUCGAUCUCAGUCAGAAAUUAUUGCCGCUCGGCAUACUAGAAGAUGUCAUGGAACGUACACACAAAGGAACUACUUGCGUAAAGUUACGUGGCCCAUCGCGGCAGUACACAAGUACAGAAAUACAGAAAUUUAACAAAACAUUGGCGGACACCUUUGCUCAGCGGUGUACACAAUUAAACAUAUUGGAAUUACGGGGUGUUACAGUAGAUCUAAGAAAUGUUCGCAUUGUUCAUUUUCCUAAAACUUUAAAGCGGCUUGUUUUUAGAGAUUGUAACUUCUGCAAGCCACAGGAUGAGCAAACCAUAUUCAGUGGCAUUCACACUCAUUUAGUGCAUUUAGAGGAGCUUGGUAUUGAGUACAGCAGUUGGUUUGAGCCUUAUUACAUCAUGAUGAUAUCCAAAAUACCCUCACUACGCUGGCUUAGCUUAAAAGGUUGUUCACGAUUGGGCGACUUUAUUCCAUAUGGAAGCAUGGCGGCACGUUUUGGAUUCAAAAAAUUAGAGUACUUGGAUUUGCGAUUCACCCCAAUAACAGAUUCUGAUUUGCAAUGCUUCAAUGUCGUGCUGACUUUAAAGGAGCUACUUCUGGAUUGCCCUCUAAGUAUGCGUGACAAUGAAACAAAAAAUAGCACACCAACAAAAGAGGAAAGUAAGGACGCCAGCGACAGCGAUUGCCAACCGUCCACGUCGAAGGCAUCCACCUCACCAGAAGACUACGAUUCUUCUCUAUAUUCUAGUGCUAUGGUUAACUCGUCAUCAAAUACCUCGAUACAAGAGGGACGCGAAGAAACAGAAAAGCCAUCGUGCUCGAGCCCACAACUGUCAUCGUCCUCUUCUUCUACUUCGUCGUCGUCGCCUUCGUCAGCUUUGAAUUCUCCAUUUGCAUCACCUUCGCGUUUGCUACAAGAUCAUGCAGCGGACAAUAGUUUACCUGAGCCUGGUGGAAAUUUUCCAUCACGUAGUCGAUUUUUACCACGACCAGAACAUGUUAUUUUGUUAGACUUUGUGAAUCGUCGGCCCACCAUAAGGCAUAUUCGUCCGCCACCAAACGUAGACAAUCAUUUUGAUUUAAUGUUGCAACAUCCACAUUUCUGGAAUAUAAUAAACCCUUUGGGACGCGGAAAUGAAUCUAAUUGGUCCAGCUCAUCGUCAGGACCAGUGCCACAUUUCAGUCAUCAUCCUUGUUGUCGUCAAUACCCCAUUUCAGAUCGUGGUAUUUGCUGUUUUGGAAGGCCACAAAAUCCGGUUGAACCUGGUGUAAUCUGGAUACGCAUUGGCAACCGCCCGAGCGAAAAUAGCUUUGUAAGACUUAGUGUGCGAAAUUAUAAAAAGGUCACAGACAUUUCCCUGCAUCAUCUUGUGCAGUGCUCGCCUGAUCUGAUCUAUCUGGAUUUGAGUGGUACGAGCGUAACACGCGAAGGCGUGCAACGUUUUAAAGCUAGUAAGCCGGAAUGCCAAAUCAUAGCUGAUCAUCUUAUUGGGUCAAGCAAUGAUGAUUGCCCAAAUCAAGAACCGAUCAUUGAUUAACUCUUGUGUACGUUCACACACUUGGGCGUUGUAAUAGUUGCAACUCAAUCGACUUGCAUACGUACAGCCACACAUAAGUCCAUGGCAGAAGUUCACGAACAUACGUUGCACUAUUAUGCUUAACUCCUAGUAUUAAUUAUAUAUCCAUAAUCUUAACUGACGGCUGAACACAAAGAAUGUCAUUAAGCUCUUACGAUUUUUGUUAACAUAAAUUUUAUUCAAAAAUAGCGCAAAUGUGUACGCGUAUAUAGUAUACAGCAAUGUGGUAGUUUUUACAGUGUUUAAAAGCAUAGUUAUAUAUCAAUAAAUAUAAAAAAUAUUAA